AUUCUAAACAAUCGUCAGCUUUUUGGGCUAUAUAAAACAUAAUAAAUAUUGAAUAAUUUUUCGGGCUGGUUGUCCACUGGCCCCGCCGUUGGGACCACAUAGUCCACGGGAAGAACAGUUCCAUCACCCACUGGAUUUAUUUAAAACAGAAAUGCAAAAUUUCAGUGCCCAAGAAAAGUAUUUAAUUGCCAACACUCUCAACUGUUGGCCUGUGAUGCUGCAAGGACACUCUGUGCUAAUUGACCUACGAAAUGAGACUUCUGUAGCUGGAAUUAUUGAUGUAGCCGACGGGCAUAUGACCUGUGAGCUCUCAAAUGUCGUUCUCAUUGAUCGCAAUGGCGGCCAACAUCCUUUCGACAAUUUUAUGGUUCGCAAUCGCAUGAUUCGUCAGAUUCACAUCCCAACCGAUAUUGACGCAGCGCAAGAGCUUCGCCAGGCAAUGGAACGUGGUGUCCUGCGACGAAAGCGCGUGGACGGAGGCAACACCAAGCGCACCUUCAAGCAGAAGCGAGCCGAGAUGAGACACAAAGAGACUCUGGAGAUGAUAAGCCAACAGAGAUCCGACAAAGAGAAAAACCAAUCCAAUAUACAAAAAGGAUAGCAACCAUUUACCCCGCUAUUUUUUUUUAUUUAUUAUAUUCCAAUAAAGUACAAACUUCGUUCGACUGGA